UCAUGUUGAUUGGGAAUUUGUGACACCAAAAGUUUCAAAAUGACCAGUUUCAUGUGAUUUUUUCGAAUUAAAACCGAAUUGAAUCUGAUAAUUUAGCCAAACAGGAAUCGGGGAGAAGAUGCAGUCCACAUAGAUGUAUAUGUUAGGAUCUUCAUUGUUAACAACAGAACUUUCAAACUAUAAACCUCAAAUCUAGAUACACAGUGAGCGAGUGAAAACGUUGAUAAAACUACAAAAUGGUUGAGAAGAAAGAGGACAUGUCUAAAAGGGUCAAAAUCAAGGACACUGAUGAGAAAAAUUUUACUGACAUUGGUAAGGAGGGACAAGAGGUGGAUGACCUCAUCACUGGCGUAAAAUGUUUGACUGUGAGUGCCUCUGAUGAAGUUGCAGAUCAGAGUGGAAUGCGGAGCCUGAAUGGGCGAAAUGUACCGGAGGAAUCGGACCCGGACGAUUGUGGAGUGGAUCCGGAUCCGGGACACCAUAAGAAGAAACCGGAUAGUCCUGCCGUGCCUAAGGAAGAAACUGAACUUGAAGUUGUUGGCCUGGAAGAGGGCAUAAAGGGAUUGAUGAUUGACGAGAGGGAGCAUGUGAAGGAGUGUAGCCGUAAUGAAUGCACGGAGCGUGCAGAGGGGUUGAUGAUUGAUGAGAGGGAGCAUGUGAAGGAGUCUGGCAGUGAUGAAUGUACAGAGUGUGCAGAAUCUAAAGAGGCCACUGAAAUUGGAGAGGGUGAUAUUGCAGCGGGCAUCAGGGAGUUGUCGAUUGUUGCCCGAGGGCAAGGAGAUGGAUCGGAAAUGCCAGAUGUUGGGGACGGACAGCGGGGUCCGGAGGAGAAUGAAACAACGGAAAGUGAAGAUUCCGAGAGAGAGAAUACCAUUGUUAUUGGAGAUGUGAAAGCAUACAUCAGAAUCGAUAAUGGCCCGAAUCAACUGAGAAAUAGACAGCAGAUCGCGCAGAUCGGUGCGGAACCCUCAAGGGAAUUUGAUUGCUGCGAUGCCCCAUUGCAUCAUGGGAUACCAGGCAAAUUUGAAAUUGUGGCGCGUGCACCUGAGGAUGCGUUUGCAACGGCCCGUGCGCCUGUAGACAGUUACAAACGGAAGGGACGAUUGAAUAUGACCGGUGGAGGAAUUGUAGGCGGAAAUGAAACAAAUAUGCCGUUAGGAUUUGAAGACCACAGAAUCCAAAAAGCUAUGCGUCCAAUGCCUGGUUCGGGCGGCUUCACGACUUCCAGUCGUUCUGGGAUGACAGGUGGGAGCGUGCGGGGGUCUGGCAUGCCUGGGCAUCUGCCACAGAUUAACGAUCCAUUAUUAGUGCCAUCUGGUCCACUUCAAAGCUCGUCACUUCCCUCUAUAGAUGCUCUUUGGCACCAACAGUCUGGGGACCAGCGCUUGCAAAACUUUUCAUUGUCACCGAACAUGCCCAAUAUGUGUACCGAUGGUCGGCAGAAACAGGUUUACCAAUUCGGAAACACGGAACAGCUUGGAAGCAAGGACCCGUUUGGCAACAUGAGUCAGUUCCAAAAUUCAAACCAUGAGAAAGAGGUACACGAAAUUGAAAAUUAUCUUCGCACAAGCGAGUCUGACUUCAGUGAGAAGUCUGUCGCAUCCCCCUAUGGUGGUAGCAGUGGAAUUGGUUCCCCUGGUAGCAUGAGUGCGGCUUCUCCAGGAAGUGCAUUCAGCGAUGUAGGGGACCGAAUGCAUAAAGUGUCGGAAAGUAGUGAGGACGAAGGCGUGGGAAUGGGACAUCACAUACCUCACACACCACUCAGACCUACUGGCAGGUCCGACUUUGAUUUAGAUAUCAUCACGGAGCUCAUAGGUGAGAAAAUGGGAGCGACCGAGUUAACGGACAAGAAGGUCCAAGCCUCGCCAACUAGUGUCACUACUCAAGAAAGCGUGCUGAAAACGCAACUCAUCCAACCACCGAUCUAUACGCCGCUAUCUCCCCAGAGUUAUGGGCAGCAAAGUGCCUCGCAGGUUCCACAGACGACCAAUAUCGUUACGACAACAGCCAAUAUGCCGAUGCCUGGAGCAGUUAUUGUUGUUUACAAUGUCCAAAGUGCUGCACCGAUGAAGAAGGGUCCUGUCCCCAUUCUUCCGAGACCGGAGGGUGCUCCAUGUACCAACGCGGCAAUUCCUCAAGCACAGCCGAAGAAGCGUGCUACUAGGAAGAAGAACAGUAAAUCCAAAGCAUCGCCGACUCCGAAAUCUGGUUCACCAAAAACUGGGCCAGAUAGCGUUUUCUUUGCACCGUCUCCUGAUGGCUCCAGCUCAGAUGCCUCAAUGUACGCAAAUUCAUGCCAGAUGUCCCCAGUGAGUAUGAGGAGUGUUUCAUCCCCUGACAGUAGUGGCCUGCCUUCCACCAUCCAAGACGCCCAACUUCCAAUGACGCUACCUGGGAUGUCGACGUUCCAGAAUGGACAGGGGAAUUUUCAGGGCGGUGUGCCCACGACUGUGCAGCAGAAUGCACCUAUGUCAUCGUUUCAACUGGGGCAGCCCAUGACACAAAUGGGGCAGGUGUCUUUGGCUUCGUCUCAGGGUGUCUGCACAACUGGGAUGAUGGGUGGGUCUGCAACCUUUCCCAUGAGUACUCCGGCACCUUUGACAACAUCGAAUGCCAUGUCGUCGACGGGAUUUGCUCCAAAGAUGGAACCAGGUAUGAUGCAGCAUUCUACCCAGGUGAUCAGCGACCCAUUCAAAAUCAGCUCGCCAGGAGAAUUUCCGAGGCCUGUUGCCAUACCGCCACACCAAAAGAGAGCCAACAGACCUGGUUUGAAAAUAGACACGUCGUGUAGCAAUGUAACCAAUGGCAACCAGUCGAACACCAGUAAUAACAUGUCGCUAACUCCAGUGCCGGCGUCGCCCUCUACUCCGACCAGGAUGAGUCAAAAGUCUCGAGCAAGUUGUAUAAAUAACUCGUUACCGCAAGCGAAGUUUGAGAUGAUCGAUUCGGAUGGAGACAGUCUCCUGCACCAGUUUAUUGUCCAUGUUGACCCCGAUAUGGUAGAUGCCUUCUUGGCCCGUUGCAAGCGACAAGGUUGUCUGCAUAAAUUCAUCGACUUGAAGAAUUAUGAUGGACAGACGCCGCUCUACCUAGCUGCACUUGUCUCUGAUGUUGAAAUCGUAAAGAUUCUACUGGAAUAUGGCGCAGAUGCCACUAUAACCAACAACGACUUUACGAGCCCCCUCCACUGCGCUGCAAAAAAGUGUCAGUUUGGCUACGAGAUAAUGGACUUGCUCCUGACCAUGCCAGAGAAAAAGUUGAACCUCAGUGCGAAAGAUUGUCAUGGAUUGACGCCAUUGCACAUCGCCAUUCAGGUCCACGGCGUCCCAGUCGAAGAUCAGUCCCAGAAAACUGAAAGCACCAAUGGCGCAAAGAAGCUUGUGCCCGGCGACAGUUUGAAGACAGUUGAAUUGCUUUUCCAACACGGUGCCAGUGCUCACGAUAAGGCGAGCAAGGAUGGCCGGAACGCCCUGCAUUUUGCCAUUGAAAGGAAAUCUCUUGAAAUGAUGGCAUUGGUACUGAAAUAUGGCAGCGCAAAACAACUGGUUACUGACCCGACAGAUAGUGGUAAUACCGGACUUCAUAUUGCCGCAGGACUACAGAUGGAUGAUGUGGCAAUGAAGGUCAGCAUGAUUCAACUCCUGGAGACUAACGGCGCCGAUAUUGACGUCUGCAACCGGGAAAAUAGACGUCCCAAAGAUCUGGUUGACGAUCCCAAACAUAGCGGAUCAGUGAUCGUUGCGCUAUUCUUAAAACUGCAGCAGCGCAUGCGACAAAAAUCCAACAGCCAGAUCUCCCACCCAGGCUCACCGCAAGAGAUUGCUUGCAAACAGACGGGACAGAACACGCCUAAGAAGACAGCUCAGACCCAACCCCAGAGAUCCAACGCCAGUCAAGGAACACCAACAACGAACAUACAUGAAAACGCCGUGAAUUCCGAUUCUUGGAGAAAUCCCGAAAUGAUGGGAUACAUGAAUCCCACAAUGCCGAACCCCCCGGAACUAUUCGGAGACCAAUUGCCGUUAUAUGGACAGGGACUUUGUGAGACUUCGGACAAUUCUAUUGAAGCUAUUGUGACCAGUUUGGUUCUUGAUAACGCCGGCAUGGGACAAAUGAAUGGGCAAACUAACAUUGACCAGGCUUAUACGCAAGCAGACUUGAAUGCAUUAUAUUCACAGCUGGAUGUUGAGCCAACUUAUUCUCAGCCAGCUACCACUGCCGGCAUGGAGCAAAGGUACGCAAUGUCACAGGCAAGCCUGCAAUACACACCAAAUACUGUCACGUCAACCUCAGGUAUGAGCCAACAAUAUUCACAGACGCUCACCGGUGCGUCUGGUAAUACCCAAGGAUACACGCAGACGAUAAACCAACUGAAUUCACAGCCAUAUUCACAGCCAAGCCAAACCUAUUCACAUCAAAUUGCCACGAAUCCUACCAACCAGCCAUUGACCUUGUCAAACCAGUACCGCCCUCCACCGGCAACCGCAUCUAAUCCGGCUCCGCUGUACCCACAGAGUCAGUCAUACCCAAACUAUCCCCAACCAGGCCCCACCCAUGACAACCAAAUGAUGAACCAUCAGCAACAGGCCGCAUGGAAUCCGAAUACAACGGUGAACGCUUGGGCAACUGGGUCAUAUUAAAUGACGCAAUGUUGGCAGCAAAACUAUUAGCUAUUUUGUGAGUAAAAUGUCUUUUGAUGGCAAAUUGAUUUGCUUCAAAAUAUGACACAGUAAAACCUCCCUUAGCGGACACCUCUCUAUUAGGGACAACCUCUCUAUUAAGGACACUGGGUUAUAUUAAAUUAAAGUUUUGGUUCCAAAUUGGUUGUUUCCAUUCAAUUUGACCUCUCUAAUCUGGACUCCUCUCUAUUAAGGUCAGCACAAGUCUGUCCCGAGGGUGUCCUUAAUAGAGAGGUUCUACUAUACAUGAUCUGUAUUUUACUGUUUUUGCAAUAGGGGGAGGAGGUUGGAUCAGAUAAUGUACUGGAGAUUGGAUCAGAUAAUGUACUGGGGUUGUGUUGGAUCAGAUAAUGUACUGGGGAUUGGAUCAGAUAAUGUACUGGGGUUGUGUUGGAUCAGAUAAUGUACUGGGGUUGGAUCAGAUAAUGUACUAUCAGCCUCUUUACUCGCAUUUCACUGAUCUAACACUGGUUGAUGACUUCUAAAACCUGACGUCAUGACCAUCGACAACUUGGCAUCGCCAGCCAACUGUAUAUAAAACUGUUCCAAAUUGAAUUUUUCGAGCGACCAUGUGUAAUGAUGAAUCCUGCUGCCUGAAAUUCAGAAAUGGUCUUGGAUCGAAGAAACUAGAGUAUAUAUAUGGACCCAUGUUUACGGCGGUAACAGCUCAGUAAAUUUAAACAGAUUUACUACUCCUUCAGGUCAUCGCUUUCGCAUACUCCUUCAGGUCAUCGCUUUCGCAUACUCCUUCAGGUCAUCGCUUUCGCAUAUGUGAUUAUUUUUUGCUUGAUAACAAUACCAUUAGUAACCCAGAUGCUUUAAUAAUUACAGCAGCUUUGUACAAACACUUACAGAGGAUAUACUCGGUGGUUAAUUUCUAUCUGAUUAUGAAAUUUAUACUAUAUUCAAAAAUCAGUGAGACCAUGACAUCUACAUUAUUUAUUCAUCAUCAUCAUCAUUAUCAUUGUCAGUUGGGAAUCAUGAUUUCCACAUCAUUUAAGUCGGCACUUUGAACAAACAAAGAGGGUAUUGGUAUUUAUUAACCCUCAAAUUUUCUUAUCUCGAGCAUCCUGAUGCACCAUCCUGCACUCUCCACUACUAGUGAGUAAAUAUUUUGGCCAUUAAAACCUCUGCUAUAGAUCAAUAUCUAAGGACGUCACAGCAAAUUUUUACAUACCAUGCCAAGGCAAUCUUGUAUCUCUUCAGCAUAGUUUUCAUGAAGAAAAGUUGCAACAAACCGUCCUCCUGUUGAUGUAUCUCUCGAUAACAUAAGUCGUACUUCCACCUAUCAAAUCCCUGUGUCUUUUGCGCUAACACCUAUGAAUUGCCGUGUCUAAAUAGACCCGUGUGUCAAAUCCCCGUGUCUAUCAGCCCCAUCGAGCUCGAUGGGGCUAAUCGGGGGCUAAUUUAGACCUGUGUUCAACACAGGUUUUUUGAUAGGUGGAAUCUGAAUAGACACGGCAAUUGCAAGUUCUAAGAUCCGGCGACAGAUGGCGCGGUGUUGUUGCCUCGGUAUUGUGCAUGCAAAAUCCCCCUCCGACGGGAAAGAAACACAGGAGAGCUCCCUACCUACAGCGCACCUGUCGCCGGGGCUAUUUACCAUUAUCUAACACCACUGAUAGGUGUAAGUGCGCCCCAGGUUUUUUGACACACGGCGAAGACACGGGUCUUGAAAAAACACGGGGUUUUAUGAUAGGUGGAACUACGACUAUAAUGUUGCUUAACCGAUGGUGUACAGCUGCUAUCGUGAUAAAAUUGUAUCCAAAGUUUAUUCUAAAAUAUCCUGCCAGUCACGAGAUAGGCCAGAAAAACUUGUUGUAUCCAAGUGAAGCCAACAACGAUCGUGGACGUUGAUACGUCACGCCAUCCUCUGUUGAGUAUCAUAUGCGCGUGCAAACAAGGAAAAUUAUAAGUUUCGCGUGACGUCAGAAUGACGUCAUUUUGUAAACAAAGGUAUCCAUUUGUAUAAAACAGAUCGAGUACUGUAAACCUUGAGAUUUUGGCUAGAGUUUUAUUUUCGCUGUUUUCACUAAUAGAGGGUCAAACUCCAAAUUUAAUCUCCUGAAUAUUUCCUCUCUAAUGCAUUAACCUUCAAGUUUUGCGUGACGUCAGAAUGACGUCAUUUUGUAAACAAAGGUAUCCAUUUGUAUAAAACAGAUCGAGUACUGUAAACUUUGAGAUUUUGGCUAGAGUUUUAUUUUUGCUGUUUUCACUAAUAGAGGGUCAAACUCCAAAUUUAAUCUCCUGAAUAUUUCCUCUCUAAUGCAUUAACCUUCAAGUUUUGCGUGACGUCAAACAAAGAUAUCCAUUUGUAUAAAACAGAUCGAGUACUGUAAACCUUGAAAUUUUGGCUAAAGUUUUAUUAUUGCUGUUUUUACUCAUAGAGGGUCAAACUCCAAAUUUAAUCUCGUGAAAAUUUCCUCUCUAAUGCAUUAACCUUCAAUUCAUGAUCUCAAACGCUGAAUUUAAUCCUCAUGAAUCCUGAAAAGGUCAAAAUCGCCACCAUUUAAAGACAUGAAAAUGUCCAGGUUUACAGUAUUCGACGUACAAGAAAAUAUAAUAAAUUGAAUAAAUAAAAUUGAAUUAUGAGACAGAGGUGUUUGUGAAUGUUGAUAAUUUAGAAGAUUAUUGCAGUUGUCUGUAAAAAAAGAUUAAAUCUAUAUUUGUUAGUAUUUUUUGUAAUUUUACCAACUGAUUUACUCCAGAGAAACCCAAAUUCUCGGAAACGAUUAUAAAUAAAAACUUGUCCAGAAUUGGUUCACUCUAGAGGAAAACAUAGAAAUAGAAUAUACAUGUAUUAUUAUAUUUUAAAGGUCACAUAUUUUAUAUUUUUGGCACUGUAGAUUGAGAUUGUAAAUAUUCUCUGUGCCAACCCUGUGCUUCCUUAUGGUAAAGAUGUUAAGUAGUCAGCCAGAGACUACCACAUCGUUAGUCUCAUAGCAUAAUUGCCCAACUCAUAUUAAUUUUGAAGGUUUUGAGAAAAAUUAAAGAACCAUUUUUUUAGACAACGCUUGGGAAAUUUUUAUUCGAACUUUAACAAAAACUUAUAACAGAUGUCUCAACAUUUUUAAAACCAUUAAAUAAGUAAACAAUGCUUGAAUAACACAGAAAAGUGACAUAGACAUAAAAUUUUCACAUUUUGGCCAAAAUAUGACUUAGGCAAUUAUGCUAUGAGGCUAACGACAUGUAUACUUAGACAUUAGCACACACACCAUGUUAACCCUUUUAUUCAUGCGUGCAACGUAAAUAGUCAGACCUGUGCAGGUGGCGUAUAUGCUCAUGAGACUUGUUUACAUGUUACCAUAGUUACUAAGUGUGUGUGCCAAUCCAUUCAACAAAACCUUUCAGCAAACCAGAGAUUCUUGUUGCAGUAACCAGUGAUAAUUAUCGCCUGCAACAAAAACCUUUGAUGUCUACUAGAAAUAUGUACACGAUUUAUAUUCACUUGUGUGUGAGCUAUUGUACUUCCAACAAAUAAAAUCCAAGAAACGUGAAAA